AUGAAACUCUUCCUCCUUUCUCUCGUGUCUCUACCACUCCUAGCCCUCGCCCACCCCAACCACCUUAACGAACUCAUCCACCGCCCGCGCGCCGCUCUGACCGCGAACUCCACCAGCUCGAUCCCGAUUCCUAGCAUCCCCCUCAGCACCGGCACCUCCUUCCCCACCAGCGUCCCCUUCAGCACCGGCCUCUUCCACACCUCCAUCAUCCUCAGCACCACCGGCACGCCCUCCAACACAACCCUCCCCACCAGCACUCCCCCCUUCGCCAACACCACCACCUCCUCCUACCCCACCUCCCCUACCUCCUCCACCCCUACCGCCACCCCCAGCGGGCCCCUAACCUUCAAACUCCGCACCCACCUCCACCCGCGCUCCCCCACCAACCCCUCGCCCCCCUCCCACCUCGCAAACCUCUACCUCACCUCCUUCCACACGGGCGCCGGCCUCGCCGACCCCGUGCUCGCGCCCUCGGCCUCCGCCGGCGCCGACUUCUUCCUCAACAGCACGGCCAGCGAGUACGGCGCGGGCACGGUGCUGCAGGUCGCGAACCCCGCGGGGUACAUCUGGGGCUUCCAGUUCGAGUGGGCGGCGUACAGCGGAUGGGCGGGGGUGACGCUGAACGCCGCCGGGGGCGCGGCGAGCGGGUGGGUGGUCGGGAUCACGGGGGAGGGGACGGUGGGGGGCAGGGCGGAGGUGGUGGUGGGGUAUGAGGGCAGUGGGACGGCGGCGGGGGGAGGGGCGCCGGGGUGGCUGGUGUGUGACUGGUGGCACGCGGUCCCGCAGCUGUUUCUGAGAGACCCGUAUCGCGAUCCGAAGUUCUAUCCUGCGCCGAGCAGUUGCGCGGAGGUGGAUUUGGUGAUGGAGUUCGCGGAAGAUGGGACUAUUGGUGGGUGA